UGUAGACGGCGCUGUUGAGUGUUGUUUUUGCCGGUGCUCUAAUAAGUUCUACAUAUUCCUUGUAAUUCCUUGUAAUUUUUUGUAAUAUUUUAGAAUGGAUGUCACUUGGUCAUCUCUUCAGCUGGAUGAUCCAAAGAAGGUUGCCGACGUGGAAAAGUAUGUAGGAGGGUUUCGACUGUCAGAUGACACUCUAAAGCAGGUGCAAGAAAUAUUUCUGAAUGAAAUGAAACUUGGUCUUAGCAAAGAUGAAAGCAAACGCAAACAGUCGUCAUGUGUCAUGGAAAGCACGUAUCUGCGUGACACAUUGCAUGGGAAAGAGGAAGGGGACUUCUUAGCACUUGACCUUGGUGGAACAAGAUUUAGAAUUCUGCUAGUUAGGCUCCACAAUCACCAAUACAGUGAGAUUUUUAAGGUGGCAGACAUUCCUGAUGCUAUAUUGGUUGGAUCUGGUGAUCAGCUUUUCGCUUAUAUUGCUGAUAGAAUUUUUGACUUCCUUGAAGAGAAUAAUCUCCAUGGACAAAAGUUCCCACUUGGUUUUACCUUCUCGUUUCCGAUGAUACAGAAAAGUCUCAAUUGUGGCAUACUGAUAACGUGGACAAAGAGUUUUAAGUGCUCUGGGUCGGCGUUUCCGAUGAUACAGAAAAGUCUCAAGUGUGGCAUACUGAUAACGUGGACAAAGAGUUUUAAGUGCUCUGGGUGUGUGGGGGAGGAUGCUGUCAAACACUUGGAGAAUGCUAUUAAAAUUCGUGGGGGUAUGGAUAUAGAAGUCGUGGCUAUUGUCAAUGAUACAACGGGAACACUCAUGGCUGGAGCAUAUCUUGAUGAAAAGUGCAGAGUGGGAGUAAUUCUCGGUACAGGAUUUAAUGCAUGCUAUGUGGAGAAACUUGAGAAUGUGGAGAAAUGGGACGGUGAUUAUGAAGAACCACGGCAGGUUCUUAUUGACACAGAGAUGGGUGCAUUCGGAGACAAUGGCGUACUGGAUUUCUUCAAGACUGAAUACGACUUCGAAGUGGACCAAGUUUCAAACCACGUGCAUUCGUUUACCUUUGAGAAGAUGUUUUCGGGCCACUAUCUGGGAGAAGUGGUACGCCUCACCAUGCUAAAGCUUAUAUCCGAGGGCCUACUGUUUGGCGGGACAUCCUCUAAUGAAAUUAAUCAGCGAUGGGGCCUAAAGACAGAGCACGUUGCUUUCAUCGAUGGAGAGAAGACCGAUGAAAACACUCGCAAUCUGCUGAAGGAGAUGAAACUGCUUGAGCAUGGUGGUAAAGAUGACAUCGCCAUCAUCAAGCACGUCUGUGCUCUCGUUUCAGAGAGAGGCGGAUUCUUAGUUGGCUCCUGCAUGGCUGUGUUACUCAAUCGGAUGCAAGAGCCUGACGUGACCAUUGCUGUCGAUGGGUCCGUGUACAAGCAUCACGCCCGACUUCAUCAACUCAUAAUGAGGAAGAUUGAGCAAUUUGCACCCAAAUACAAGUGCAAGAUUAUUCGGGCUGAUGAUGGCAGUGGAAGUCAAAAAUUCUAUCAGCAAUAUAAGCGAAAAGCUGUAAGUAAUCAGAACACACACAUUAGACAGUUUUAUAUGACAUUCAUACUGAUAACGUGGACAAAGAGUUUUAAGUGCUCUGGGUGUGUGGGGGAGGAUGCUGUCAAACACUUGGAGAAUGCUAUUAAAAUUCGUGGGGGUAUGGAUAUAGAAGUCGUGGCUAUUGUCAAUGAUACAACGGGAACACUCAUGGCUGGAGCAUAUCUUGAUGAAAAGUGCAGAGUGGGAGUAAUUCUCGGUACAGGAUUUAAUGCAUGCUAUGUGGAGAAACUUGAGAAUGUGGAGAAAUGGGACGGUGAUUAUGAAGAACCACGGCAGGUUCUUAUUGACACAGAGAUGGGUGCAUUCGGAGACAAUGGCGUACUGGAUUUCUUCAAGACUGAAUACGACUUCGAAGUGGACCAAGUUUCAAACCACGUGCAUUCGUUUACCUUUGAGAAGAUGUUUUCGGGCCACUAUCUGGGAGAAGUGGUACGCCUCACCAUGCUAAAGCUUAUAUCCGAGGGCCUACUGUUUGGCGGGACAUCCUCUAAUGAAAUUAAUCAGCGAUGGGGCCUAAAGACAGAGCACGUUGCUUUCAUCGAUGGAGAGAAGACCGAUGAAAACACUCGCAAUCUGCUGAAGGAGAUGAAACUGCUUGAGCAUGGUGGUAAAGAUGACAUCGCCAUCAUCAAGCACGUCUGUGCUCUCGUUUCAGAGAGAGGCGGAUUCUUAGUUGGCUCCUGCAUGGCUGUGUUACUCAAUCGGAUGCAAGAGCCUGACGUGACCAUUGCUGUCGAUGGGUCCGUGUACAAGCAUCACGCCCGACUUCAUCAACUCAUAAUGAGGAAGAUUGAGCAAUUUGCACCCAAAUACAAGUGCAAGAUUAUUCGGGCUGAUGAUGGCAGUGGUAAAGGAGCAGGCCUGGUUGCUGCAGUCGCAGUCAGACUUGAGAAGGAACGACAGCGCCACAUGGCGGCAGUGGCUGCAAAUUAAAUAUCACAGCUAGUGUGUGAACACGGAUGAGGUUAGAUAUCUUGACGGGUCUAGGUCUGUUGACGAGUUACUCUCAAAGAAAAAAACAUGCAACCCCUAACAGCUCUGUAAGAUAUUGAAGGUGGCCGUGUUAGUGAAAAUUAUAGGGAACAAACAAUAUGAACAUCAAUAUGCACACAUGGUACUUCCCUGUGAAAUGCUAUGGCUGAUUGCAUUGUAGAACCAUUUUGCAUGCUCAGAUAGCAAACGUCGGGCCUGAAUUUUGUAAUGUGUGAUGUUCUUUUCAUAUAGUGGUGGUACCUAUACUUUGAUACUCAGGUAUUAGUGUGUUGCCAAAAUGUAAUGAAUAAAUUCUGUGGCCUGAUGUUGCGGAUCCAUUUACAAUAGAUCCCUUAUCUUAUAAUCUUUGUAUUGAUUUUAUAUGGUAUAUAUAUUACGGGUGUAUGAUUAAUUUUUUUCUGACCAUGUACACACGUUUAAUUCUCACAUAAAAAUGGGUCUUUACUUAUAGUUUUGUAGUCAUUUAUUACUCUCUGUUAACCAGCAUGUGGGGUUUUGUAUUAAUAAUAUAUGUAAUUAAAUUCAUAUAAAUUACUACCUAUAUAUAAAAAAAAUAAAUAUCUAUAUUACACAACUUGGUAGCUUCUUUGUUGUAGUGUGGUUUGUUAGUCAGUCUAAUGCACUCUUCUUCGGGUACCAAGAUAUACACUCAACGCAGAUCUUCCCUUAGUGUGUCAACAUUUUAACGUUAUUUUGUAUAAACGUCAGGCCUGAAUUUUGUAAUGUGUUAUGUUCUUUUCAUAUAGUGGUGGUACCUAUACUUUGAUACUCAGGUAUUAGUGUGUUGCCAAAAUGUAAUGAAUAAAUUCUGUGCCCUGAUGUUGCGGAUCCAUUUACAAUAGAUCAAGCUCUUGAAUAGAUCCCUUACCUUAUAAUCUUUGUAUUGAUUUUAUAUGGUAUAUCUAUUACGGGUGUAUGAUUAAUUUUUUUCUGACCAUGUACACACGUUUAAUUCUCACAUAAAAAUGGGUCUUUACUUAUAGUUUUGUAGUCAUUUAUUACUCUCUGUUAACCAGCAUGUGGGUUUUUGUAUUAAUAACAUAUGUAAUUAAAUUCAUAUAAAUUACUACCUAUAUAUAAAAAAAUAAAUAUCUAUAUUACACAACUUGGUA